CUGUGUGUGGCUUUGAUCGCACCACUCUGGGAGGCAUGAGCUUCCAGCAUCAGAUGAGCAUCUGGCUCUAUGUACUAGCGCUCAGGGGCAUUCGUUACGUACCCGAGUUAAUAAACCAGUCUCCCCCAGUUCGGAUCCCACAAACUUGGGCUUCAACUUGAUCGUCCCCAGACUACCCCCGGAUAGCAGUUAGAAUGCCGGGCUCUCAAACUCGCACCUGUGGGCCGCAGCCCGUCAUAGUCAAGGAUUUGGAGCCGGAAGCACCUCUUAUUCUCGCGUCUCCAUUCAUUUCGGCUUUGGUGUUCGAGAACACGGCGAGCGAUGCCCGCGAUCACUGUGCAAAUGAGAGAAAUUUCCUCUCGUGGCUCCGGCUGUCCAUCUACAUGUGCAUCGUGUCGAUCGCCAUAAUCCUGAGUUUCCAGCUCAAAACUGAGCCGUCACUGGUUGAAAGGCGCAUGGCCCUGCCGCUGGGCCUGAUCUUCUGGGCGUUGAGUCUCGUGUGCUUAGGCGCUGGCUUGUGCAACUAUCUAAAGACUAUCGAGAAAUAUAGCAAGAGGGCCGCCAUCGUCCAAUCAGGGGCAAAAACGCAGAUGAUAUUUAUCAUCGUCAGUGUGGUGAUCGUAGGAGCGUGUGUCAUCUUCAUCACUACUAAUGCUCAACGCUGAAGAGAGGUUUGGGAUGUGAGGGCUGCGAUGUGAGAACUGGGAAGGCUGCGAGAGCUUGGAAGGCUGGGAAGGGCUGGGAAGGGCUGGGAAGGGCUGGGAAGGGCUGAGAAG